AACUACGUUUACCAGGAUCAGGAAGCGCACUUUGCCGUGUCGUGCGAUGCCCAUAGACUAUCACACAGAGCCUCCUUAUUGCAUCAGGCAUCGUCCACUCGGCAGAGAGACAGAAAGGACAGCUAGACUACAUGUCAUGGACUGGUGGACUACCCUGGCUGCGAGUAUAGCCUUCCUCUGGCUGCUGUGUUAUAUCGACGGUAAGAGAACCUGGUUAGCAGAGGUAUGGGAGCUUUCUUCGUCAAGGGAACGGUGCGGUAUUGGCACGCGCACGGCUCUUCCUCCUAAUUGCGGCAACGCCGUCCUGGAGCUGCGGCUCCUCCUCCACGCCCUCACCAAAGCAGCGUGCCACCUGUACCUGGCCGUGCUCCCACUGCGGCGCGCCGCACUGCACCUUGCCCGCUUUGUCUGUCACCUGGUAAACCAUGGCCCCGCCUCCGCUGGCCGGGCGUCUCCUCUUCUCCUCGAGGGGGUGUGUGUGAUAUGUGAAGCGGUACCGGACCUGCUGGGAGCCGGGCUCAGUCUGUGUGCAGUAGUCUGUCACAUCCUACAGGGGGUACUGUUCCUGCUGGCCGCCACGGUGAGGUCGGUCCAGGUGAGUGUUCUGGCCCAGAUGGACGGGGAGAAGGAGAGGUGGGAGAAGGAGCAGCAUCAAGCUCGGCAGGACGAGAGGAGACAGAACUCCGGGGUGGUGGAAUACCUGUCUGUGUUCUGUCAAGACCCCAUCAGUUCACUACGACUCAGAGUGGACAUGAUCAAUAGAUAACAUCACUGUCUGUCUGUCUGUCUGUAAAGGUGGACAUGAUCAAUAGAUAACAUCACUGUCUGUCUGUCUGUGAAGGUGGACAUGAUCAAUAGAUAACAUCACCAUCUGUCUGUCUGUCUGUCUGUCUGUCUGUCUGUCUGUCAAGACCCCAUCAGUUCACUACGACUCAGAGUGGACAUGAUCAAUACAUAACAUCACUGUCUGUCUGUCUGUCUGUCUGUGAAGGUGGACAUGAUCAACACAUAACAUCACUGUCUGUCUGUCUGUGAAGGUGGACAUGAUCAAUAGAUAACAUCACCAUCUGUCUGUCUGUCUGUCUGUCUGUCUGUCUGUCUGUCUGUCUGUCUGUCUGUCUGUCUGUCUGUCUGUCUGUCUGUCUGUCUGUCAGCGUUGGGCUCAAUUCAGACUUGAGUUAAGUAUACUUCAAAUUCCAAUUAAAUUCUUGAAUUGGAAUUGAAGUAGUAAACAGGAUACAGAAUUGAAGUAGUAAACAGGAUACAGAAUUGAAGUAAUAAACAGGAUACAGAAUUGAAGUAAUAAACAGGAUACAGAAUUGAAGUAGUAAACAGGAUACAGAAUUGAAGUAGUAAACAGGAUACAGAAUUGAAGUAGUAAACAGGAUACAGAAUUGAAGUAGUAAACAGGAUACAGAAUUGAAGUAGUAAACAGGAUACAGAAUUGAAGUAAUAAACAGGAUACAGAAUUGAAGUAAUAAACAGGAUACAGAAUUGAAGUAGUAAACAGGAUACAGAAUUGAAGUAGUAAACAGGAUACAGAAUUGAAGUAGUAAACAGGAUACAGAAUUGAAGUAGUAAACAGGAUACAGAAUUUAAAUUUGAAUGAAAGGAAAUAGAGUGAAAUUCAAAUGCCUCUUGUAUUGUAUAUUAGAUGUAGUCUAUAACUAUAUAUAUAUUUAUAUAUCAUGUAAAACAUGUCAUUAUAUACAUGCCUAAUUAAAUAAAGGUUCAAUUAAAUAAGUAUACAUGCAUAUAAAAUAU